AUGACAGAAGAAAUUUUAAGUCAAUAUUAUCCUAAAUAUAAUCCUUAAGCUGCAAUAUUAAAGGACAUACUUAGAGAUGGUUUAGAAUAAGCAUUUAUUGGGAAAUUUAAGAAUAAUAAUGAUUAAAUCAAUAUUUCAGAAUUUAAAUUGAGACAUCAUUUUGAUAAAAAAGAUAAUGAUCUUUUUUUAGAUUAAAUUAAAAAGAAACUCAAACUUAAUAAUCAAAAAGCAGAAAUGAGAUGUGUUAAUACUUUUCAAAAUAUAAGAGUUGAAACUGAUUUAAAUUAUGAUCCCAAAUAUUUCCAAGAAAAUACAUUCUAUAUGAAUUAAAAUUUAGAUGCCAUUAAAUAAAAGAUUAUUGAAAAGAAUAUUGCAGAAAGAAUUAAAAAAGCAUAAGAAUUUAAAUCUAUGUAAAAAGCACUCAACAUUUGGUUUUAAUAAUCAUAAUAAUAAAAGAAUGAAGAUUAAAAUAAAUAAUAGUAAUAAACUAAUAAAAAAUAAAUGAAUUCAUCAUCAUAAAUUAUAAUUAAAUAACAUUAAACUGAAGGAAUUUAAGUCUCUGGCAUCAUUACAUUUAAAUUAGGAUAUAAAAUGACAUAUCCUAAUUUAGCUUAUAUUAUCAAAGCAACAGAUAUUCCAGAAAGGGAAUCUUAAUGUUCUUUUGUUAAAAAAAUCAGACCUUUAUAAUAAUUAGAUUUUGAUUAUUUAGAUGAUUUAAGAAGAUAUGUUUGGAAAUAUAAGCAAUAUAUACAAUUUUUCAAAAUUCUACUCAAAGUAGCAUAGGGAAAUUUAGAAAUUUCAGAAACUCUUGUAAAAACUUAACAGAGAAUGAAAACAGGUUUCUAUCAUGUUAUGACAUUUUAUCAUAUUUCAAAUAGAAGUUGGUCAAUUUGUAGAUUAAUUAAAGAUUUAAAUAAAAAGGGACUCUAUUAAAGAGAAAGGUAGAAUUUAUAUGAAGUAAUAAUACUUAUUAUAUAAAAAUAGACAAUGUUGGAAAAUAUUCAAGAAGAUCUUGAAGAAAUAUUCAGUCCAUUAUUAUUUGAAUCUGAUUAUGUUCCAAUUGAAGAACAAUUCAUUUCAUUUGAAUAAUAUAAAAAGAGACUUCAAGAAGUUAUUUUAAUGAGAGAAAAGGGAGCUUGA